AACAUGUAUUCUUUCCCCAUUUCUCUGUUUUUCUAGGGUUUCAAACAACCAACAACAAACCCUUAAAUCUCCACCGGAAAAUUCAUGGCGAGCAACAGAAAACGAAACCGUCGUGAUCAAGAUCGCCGGAGCAACCAAGAUCGCGACCAUUCAAGAUCUCCGGACCCAGAUCACAAUCGGGUCAACCACCAAUCCCCAAAAGGUAAACAACCAGUUUUCGCUUCAUACAUUGACACCCCUAAUUUACCCCCUAAAGUCAAAAUCCUAUGUGAAAUCAUUGCAAACACACCAUCUUUAGAACUAGAUAGAUCUUUAGACGAUACUGCAAUAAGGGUCUCUACAGAAGACGUUGAAGAUGUUUUGAAACUAUCUUACGCAUACCCGGCUGCUGCCGUUAAGUUUUUUCGGUGGGCGGGGUAUCAAUUAGACGAUAGACAUAGCCCGUACGCUUGGAAUUUGAUAAUUGAUAUGUUGGGAAAACAUCGUUUGUUUGAUGCAAUGUGGGAUGCGAUUAAAUCGAUGAAACAGGAAGGGAUGCUUUCUUUAGCUACGUUUGCGUCGGUUUUCGGUAGUUAUGUGAUGGCGGAUAAGGUGAAGGACGCGUUGGCAGCGUUUGGAGUGAUGGAACAGUACGGUUGUGUUGCGGAUGUUGUGGCGUUGAACUCGCUGUUUAGCGCGAUUUGUAGAGAUGGGAAGACGGUAGAUGCUAGAGAUUUUUUGAACUCUGUGAGGACGAAGAUUAAGCCGGAUGCGGAUACGUAUGCGAUUUUGUUGGAGGGUUGGGAGAAAGAACAAGAUGCGGUUAACGCUAGGGAAACGUUCGAUGAAAUGGUGUUUCAAACUGGAUGGGAUCCGAACAAUUUUUCUGCGUAUGAUUCGUUUUUGAAUGCGUUGCUUAAUGGGUCGGGUGGGCUGAAGGAGGCUAUGAAGUUUUUCGUAAUCUUGAAGGGUAAAAAGUGUUAUCCGGGGAUUAGGUUUUUUAAAGCUGCGUUGAAAGAGUGUGCGAUGAUUGGCGAUGUAAAGGCGGGUAAACUGCUGUGGGAUUAUAUGAGUGUGCAAAACGAUUGUAAACCUGACGUUGAAUUGUAUAAUUCGAUUAUCUAUUUGUAUACGCUUGAUCAGGAUGUCGAUCUGGCUACAAGAACGUUAGACGAGAUGGUUUUUAAGGGGGUGUUUCCGGAUUCUGAAAGUUAUAAUAUUUUAUUUCAGUUCUUGAUAAAGAUCAGGAAUUUUAGAGAAGCUCAACAGAUAUUUACCGAGAUGGUUAAAAACGAGUUUGUGCCGACGCAUGCCAGUUGUUGUUUGGCGGUUGGGGUGUUUAUAGAGGCCGGGGUUCCGUAUACCGCUAUUAAAGUUUGGAAAUGUUUGAUUGAGAAUUACGAUUAUGACCUUGAGGAAGCGGGGAAUGUUUUGGUUGGUGGGUUACGUGAUCUAAACCGUGUUCCUGAAGCAGUGAAGUAUGCGGACGAUAUGUUGGAUCGGGGUAUCAAAUUGGCGUCUACCACUUUGGCGAGAUUGAGGCAGGGUCUUGCGAAAGCUGGAAAGGGCUCUGUUUACGAUGAGCUUUUGAAGAAAUGGAAGCUUCAAGAAGUUAGUUGCUCAUGAGCUUUUUACAUGUGAUUGUUUCUAUAUCAAUAUAAAUUGUAAGUUUUGUAUGGAAAAACACCGGUCUUGUUGGAAUGAAAACAGUGUUCUUUUCGUUUAUUACAAGAAUAGCGGUUAUAUAGUUUGAUAACCAAGUACAGAUGUAUAUGUUGUGGCGGAACUAUUUCGAUCUUCAAUGUCUAUUGACUGGAUUUAUAGUUU